AUGUUCCAGAUUCUCGCUGAUGACACGCCCAUUGCGUGCACGACUAUCGAGGAGGUGGGAUCUACCGGAGUCGGAGCGCUCACCGUAGGGUUUGUUAUCCUCAUUGUUAGCACCAUUGUCUUCCUCUCCAAGGCCAACGUCAGCGGAGAGCAGAGGAAGUAUUACACGUGCACCACCUACAUCUGCGGCUUCGCGGCCAUGGCAUACUUUGCCAUGCUCUCUGGCCAGGGAUGGACUGCUGUUGCUGGAUGCCGCCAGUUCUUCUAUGCCAGGUACGCGGACUACAUCGUCACCACCCCUCUCGUCAUCCUCCUCUUGGGUCUCGUCGCGGGCGCUGACGCAGCUACCAUCGCCAACACCGUCGGAGCUGACAUCGUGUGGGUUCUGUGCUCGUACAUGGGAGCUGUUUCAGUUGUCACCACCGUCAAGUGGUUCUGGUUCUUGGUCAGCUUGAUCGGCCUUGCUGGCGUCAUCGUCAACCUUGCCAGAAGCUUCAAGGAAGCCUCCAACCAGCGUGGCGCUGAGAUCGCUGAGCUCUACGGCAAGGCUGCCUGGCUCAUCAUCCUCACCUGGUUCUGCUACCCCAUCGUCUGGCUCUUCUCCGAAGGAUUUGCCUCCUUCUCCGUCUCUUUUGAGGUUUGCGCCUACUGCAUCAUCGACGUCGUCUCCAAGGUUGUGGUUUCCUUCAUGAUCAUGAGCGCGCACGACAUUCUUGGCGACACCGUGAGUGUGUCAAAGGAGUUCGUUUAA